AUGUUAGGGCAGAAGAAGCAUUUCUUACGCCAGCGGCAAAAGGAAGUAAUACGGGCGAUGAUUGCCUCAGCCGUCCCACUGACGCAGGCAGGAGGACCGUCCGUGGUAUCGCGGGCCAAUGGAGGGGAAGUCACUGAGCUCACGGUAUGGCGUCUUCUCAUAUAUGACGACAUUGGGCGUGACGUUAUUGCCCCUCUGCUAAGGGUUGGGGACCUGCGAGAGUUGGGGAUCACGCUGCAUAUGCACAUUAACUCCAAACGCGAUCCCGUACCCGGCGCCCCUGCCAUUUAUUUUUGCUCUCCUACUGAAGAGAAUAUUCGCACCAUUGCUAGUGAUGCGGUGAAUGAGCUUUACGAGUGGGUUUACGUUAACUUCAGCUCUCAGAUAACACGACGUGGAUUGGAGAUGCUUGCGGAGAACCUUAAUCGGGGCAAACUCCAAAGUAUUCAGCAUAUCCAUGUGUUUGACCGAACACUUAAUUACGUCGCGUUGGAGGAUGAUCUUUUUGUAUUGAUGCAGGAAGACUCUCUGGUGACAUUAAACAGUCGUCAUGUGAGGGAUGAUGAAGUGGAGGCACAUUUAAAUGCCAUUGUAUUAGGCGUAUCUCACGUUCUUCUGUCUCAACAGGUCCUUCCCGUUAUUGCGCAUAGUAAAACUGGAGCAGCUGAAGAAGUCGCGCGACGGCUGUCUGUUUGUCUUAAUGAUCAUAUUAAUGAACGCACGCUGGUACCGGCUGCUUCCACGGUGCUUUCUCGACCUCUGUUGCUUAUUGUUGAUCGUUCCAGUGAUCUUGCAACGGUGCUGCAUCAUCCUUUUUCAUAUCGUGGGCUGUUGGUAGAAUUGGGGGACAUGCAUCUCAAUAAGGUCUGUGUGCGUGAGGAGGAUGGGAAGGAGUCUGCCUUUGAGAUUGACCCUGACAGAGACGAGUUUUAUGAGGCAAACGCCAUUCAGGACUUCAGUGCAGUUGGGGGAAAUAUUGAGGCAGCAUUGAGGCAGUAUCGUGAGGAGUACGCGGCUCUUUCAGAGACCGCAUGCGCUGGAGAGGAUGAUACGGAUGCCAACGCCAUGUCAAGACUCUUGGCAAGCGCUCCAAAGCUUGGGGAGAAGAAGCGAAUGUUAGAUGCUCACACUAAAAUGGCCUACAGCUUUUUGCACCACAUUCGCAAGAGUCAUCUCGACCGGUUUCACGGUGUUGAAUUGGGAAUCAUUAAACGUGAAGGUCUUGACAAGGAGGAGUUUGAAAAACUUCUCUUAACAGGCUUAGGUACUGUUGAGGACCGUCAAAGGCUGUACCUGAUUGCAUACUUGCUAGACACAGAGGGGGAGUAUGAGUCGCUGCUGCAAAGAUGCGCUUCGGCAUUUGAAGAAACGCCCUUUCCUGCCCUGGCGUACAUCAAGCACCUACGAAAUUGGUCGUUGAAUGCGGUAAGUUCUACCACGGAAGAGUCAAGUGCUGCGCAGGGCUUUGCUUGGGGUUUGGCCCAGACGUUAGCCAAAAACAUUGCCAACACGCUUGGUGCCAACGCAAAGUCGGAGUUGCCGCUUACGAAACUUGUGGAUGCGCUCUUGCAGGAUCCGACGGCAUCCCCGAAAGGUGGCACCGCUGCCCGAACCAUGGGUGGGGGCAGUACGCUUCGCGCAAAACUUCUGGAGACUGUCGUUGGGUACGACCCACGGACAAAGAAACCACUUGAUUUGGCGGAUACACACUUUUCGCAGGUGAUUGUUUUUACCAUCGGCGGUGGCUGCGUCGCGGAGUACGAUGACCUCAAAACGUGGGAGGCCGCGCACCCACGAAACGUGGUGAGUUACGGGUGCACUGCUUUGCUGACCGGCAAUAAGGCUCUUCGUCAACUCUCUCUGCUAGGCGAAGGGACAACAUGA